AUGUUGUAUACAAAACUUGCCCUGGUGUCUGCAUUUGCCUAUGCUCAUUUCGCUUGUACCUCUGCUGCCAAAGUCAUUAUCACAGAUCUAUUUCAUGAUACAGAAAAGUACUACACAAGUAUCACUGUUGGAAACCCUGCACAAAGCUUUCUUGUGGCUCUAGAUACUGACAGUACACUGACUUGGGUUCACGGCAUUGAAUGUCCUAGUGUGGAUUGCCAGCGAACUCGAUUCAACAAUCUCGGCGCCGCUGCAUCCAAAGAAUACAAACGAGCGGGCGAUGGGUAUGAGCAAUUCUACAGCUUUGACGCCACGAACCAAAAGAGCUAUGUCGCAGGGUUCUUGGGCACGGAUACCAUAACUCUUGAACAGCUUACUGUAGAACAAGACUUUGUACCCGUCUUUGAGUCGCAUAAAGUAUUCAAGGAUUUUACAGACAGCAGCAAAUUUGUGCCUGAAGGUGUGCUUGGUUUGGGCGUGUCUUCAACGGUAUCAACAAGAGCCAUCAAGAACUUGAAGUCUGUGUCCAUGCCACGUCCGUAUACCUCGUUUGUUCGCAAUUUGGCUGAGAAGGGCUUGAUUGACAAGGCCUUUUCACUGUAUUUCGGUAGUCUACCACUUAGAGGCAUUAUCAAAGGCGAAUUUGUUCUAGGUGGCUUCAAUGAGAAUCGCAUUACUGAAGCGCCUCAUUUCAUCCCAGUCUAUCGUCCGGGAGGACCCAAUGAGGAUAUCCGCUGGCAGGUGUUUGGCCAAGCGUUCAAGGUGUAUGAACUAGAAUCGCAGUCGACAUUGUUGAAUGAUCAAGUUGACAGUACUUUUGCAUAUCCCGACAUUCCAACUCAAGCGGAUCCAAGAUCAUCUGUCAUUUACGAGGAGAGAUUCUUACGCGACAAGAACGAAUUAUUCAAAUUUGCCACAGCUCUCCCUUUCUCUAAACUAAAGCAAGGCUACAACAACCGACUCUACAGGGCACUCACCGGUUCAGAUCCUGACAAAAUGGAUUUGGAAAACGAACCAAACUCGUAUAUCAUUGAUUGCCAAUUCGGAAAUGACACUACAAAGAUGCUGAGCAUUUCAUUCUCACAUCAACAAGACUCCAAGACAGACCCUAAGCCAGUGCAUGUCGAGUUUCCACUCUCCCAUCUUGUGAUCCCGUACUUUGAUAAAGACGACAAACAUACAGGAUGUCUUUGGGGCCCACAAGAUACAGAGGAUGAUUCAGAAGAAAUGCAUUUGGGUCUCGAUAUUUUGCGUCAAAUCUACACGACAUUUGACUUUAAUGAAUACCGCAUUGGACUAGCAUCCGCAAAAGACACACCAACCAAGAUUAUUGUCGAAUAA